UCGCCCAACGUGUCAAGCCCAGCCCAUACUCCGCCGAUCUCGCCAGUCGGACCGUCUCCAGCCGCGGCCGCGCUCCUGAACCCCACCGCCGCCGAAGCUCCCCGUCCGUCCAUGGCGGCGGUGGCGUCAGACUCCCACUCACCUUCCGCGGCCUCCAUCCCUCCCCCCCUCCACCGCCGCCACCGCUCAAGAUGGUCUCGGCAAGAGCUCCUCGUCGGGUGCUGGUCCGUCUCUUCCGCGAUUCGAUUCGAUUCGAUUCACACGGAUUUAAGAGGCGCGCCCAUUUCCAUGCCAGCUGCGCUGCGUAGCCUGACAGAGUGACAGUGAUGUGGAGGGGAAGCAACCGGCGUGGAGGUUCUGCCCCUUUCCGAUGUCGGGGAAUAAAGCUCUUAGGGCUUGGUGGUCACUGGAGCAAUACCCAACUCACAUUUAGAGAGAGGGGCAGUGCACCAACCAACUGGCCGGCGCAAGCUGUACACUGACGGCAUCCAGUCCGCCCUUCCCGUCAACAUAAAUCUGUGGAUCAGGAGCGUCAGGAAGCAGAAUUCAGCUGUGUAGCCUGACAGUGAUGUGCAGGGGAGGCAAUUGGUGUGGAAAUUCAAUUUCUCUCUGAUGUCCAAGAAGAAAGUUCAUCCACUCGGUGGACUGGAGCGAUAUCCAAAUUAAAAUUAUACAUUUAAUCCUAACUGUUUCUACGGUUGUUUGAUGUCCGAGGAGAACUCUCCUAGAAAGUUCAUCUGCUAGGUGUACUGGAGUGAUAUCCAAGCAAUCCCCACAGCAUCGUCUUUUCCGAAAGGAGAAUCGAAUCCACAGCGACGGCACGUCUCCACCGAAUUCCCCAUCAUGGCGUCUCCUGAAUGUGCUCUCCCGAAUCAUGUUCCCACCCAUUCCCAAGCUUCGCUGCCUCCAGGUCUUCCAAAUUUCUCACAACUCCCACACAUCCACGCCGCCACAGCUUCCCCAGACCUGACGCCGUCGUUGCUGGUGCCGACCAGGCUCUGUGGCUGCUGCCGCCGCCGCCGCUACAGCGCAGAGCUACUCAGCGUCCACCUGCUGGUGAGGACGAGCUGGGCGAGCGCUCGUGAAGGCCCCCUGUUCGUACGCUGUUCCAACGAAUCAGUGCACUUGUGUUGUGCGUGAGGAUUCCAAUGGCGGAGCUGGUGGUCACCAUGGCGAUCCGGCCACUGGUGGCCAUGCUCAGGGACAAGGCGUCCAGCUACCUCCUCGACCAGUACAAUGUGAUGGAGGGAAUGGAGAAGCAGCACAGGAUUCUCAAACGCAGGCUUCCUAUCAUCCUCGACGUCAUUACAAACGCCGAGGAGCAGGCCGCAUCACACAGAGAAGGAGCUAAAGCCUGGCUCCAGGAGCUCAAGACAGUGGCCUAUGAGGCAAACGAAGUCUUUGAUGAGUUCAAGUAUGAGGCGCUCCGCCGUGAAGCGAAGAAGAAUGGACACUACAAAAAACUUGGAUUCGAUGUGAUAAAACUCUUCCCUACUCACAACCGUGUUGUGUUUCGUCACAGAAUGGGUAGCAAGCUUUGCAAGAUUCUGGAGGAUAUCAAUGUUCUUAUUGCGGAGAUGCAUGACUUUGGGUUGAGGCAGACGUUCUUGGUGUCCAAUCAGUUGAGGCAGACACCAGUGUCCAAGGAGUGGAGACAGACAGAUUAUGUCAUCAUCGACCCGCAAGAAAUUGCCAGCAGAUCCAGACAUGAAGAUAAGAAUAAUAUUGUUGACAUACUACUUGGUGAAGCUAGCAAUGCAGAUCUCGCAGUGGUUCCCAUUGUUGGAAUGGGGGGCCUUGGCAAGACCACAUUAGCGCAACUCAUAUACAAUGAACCUGAAAUUCAGAAGCAUUUUCCGUUGAAGCUCUGGGUCUGCGUCUCUGAUAUCUUCGAUGUGAAUUCGGUGGCUAAGAGUAUAGUUGAAGCAUCCCCCAAGAAAAAUGAUGACACAGACAAACCAGCACUGGAUAGACUUCAAAAACUGGUCAGCGGGCAGAGGUAUCUCCUUGUAUUGGAUGAUGUCUGGAACAGAGAGGUCCAUAAGUGGGAAAGGCUGAAGGUCUGUCUUCAGCAUGGUGGCAUAGGUAGUGCAGUGUUGACAACAACCCGUGAUAAACAAGUUGCUGGAAUUAUGGGCACAGAUAGAACCUACAAUCUCAAUGCUUUGAAGGAUAACUUCAUAAAGGAAAUUAUUUUAGACAGAGCAUUUAGUUCAGAGAAUAAAAAGCCUCCCAAGCUACUCAAGAUGGUUGGUGAGAUUGUGGAGAGAUGCCGUGGCUCUCCUCUAGCUGCAACUGCACUGGGAUCUGUACUUCGUACCAAGACCAGCGUGGAAGAAUGGAAGGCUGUAUCAUCUAGAAGCAGUAUUUGCACUGAGGAAACUGGAAUUUUGCCAAUACUCAAGCUUAGUUACAACGAUUUGCCAGCACACAUGAAGCAGUGCUUUGCUUUCUGUGCCAUAUUCCCCAAGGAUUACAAGAUUAAUGUGGAGAAGCUUAUCCAACUAUGGAUCGCAAAUGGCUUUAUAACAGAACAGGAGGAAGAUAGUCUUGAAACCUUUGGAAAACAUAUUUUCAAUGAGCUGGUCUCAAGGUCAUUCUUUCUGGACCUAGAGGAAAGUAAGGACUCUAGCGGGUAUUAUUCCAGAACAUGUAAAAUUCAUGAUCUUAUGCAUGAUAUUGCAAUGUCUGUUAUGGGAAAGGAAUGUGUCGUUGCAAUUAAGGAACCAAGUCAAAUCGAGUGGCUGUCAGAUACUGCUCGGCAUUUGUUCUUAUCAUGUGAAGAAACACAAGGUAUUUUGAAUGAUUCUUUGGAGAAAAGAUCCCCUGCCAUUCAAACACUCAUAUGUGAUAGUGAUAUGCAAAGUUCAUUGAAGCAUCUAUCAAAAUAUAGAUCUUUGCAUGCCUUGAAGCUCUUUAUUAGCGGCACAGAAUCAUUUCUUCUGAAAUCAAUGUAUCUGCAUCACCUGAGGUACCUUGAUCUCUCAUACAGUGAUAUCAAAGCACUUCCUGAAGAUACAAGUAUUCUAUAUAACCUGCAAGUGUUGGACCUUUCCUACUGUAAUGAUCUUGAUCGACUUCCAAGGCAAAUGAAGUAUAUGACUUCCCUCCGUCACCUCUACACUCAUGGAUGUUGGAACUUGAAGAGCAUGCCUCCAGAACUAGGAAAACUCACUAAGCUGCAGACGCUGACAUGGUUUGUGGCAGGAGUUCCUGGCCCUGAUUGCAGUGAUGUUGGAGAGCUGCAUGAUUUAAAGAUUGGUGGUCAGCUAGAGCUACGCCAGGUAGAGAAUGUUGAAAAAGCAGAAGCAGGAGUGGCGAAUCUUGGAAACAAGAAGGAUCUCAGAGAACUGUCGUUAAGAUGGACUAAGGUUGGCGACAGCAAGGUGCUCGACAAGUUCGAACCUCAUGGUGGGCUGCAGGUUCUGAAGAUAUAUUCCUAUGGAGGAGAGUGCAUGGGUAUGUUGCAAAACAUGGUUGAGAUCCACCUUUUUCACUGUGAAAGAUUGCGAUUUUUGUUCAGAUGCAGUACAAUCUUCACUUUUCCAAGACUGAAGGUGCUUACGCUAGAACAUUUGUUGGCUUUUGAGAGAUGGUGGGAAAUAGAUGAGUGGCAAGUAGAACAGACAAUAUUUCCUGUCCUUGAGAAGUUGUUUAUGAGCAAUUGUGGAAAGUUGGUAGCAUUACCCGAAGCACCAUUGCUGCGAGGACCUUGUGGUGAGGGUGGUUAUACAUUGGUACACUCAGCGUUUCCUGCCCUAAAGGUACUCAAAAUGGAAGAUUUGGAGAGCUUUCGGAGAUGGGAUGCAGUCGAAGAGACUCAAGGAGAACAGAUAUUGUUUCCUUGUCUUGAGGAACUGUCAAUUGAGAAAUGCCCAGAGCUGAUAAAUUUACCUGAAGCACCAUUGCUUGAAGAACCAUGUAGCGGAGGUGGUUAUAGAUUGGUACGUUCAGCCUUUCCUGCCCUCAAGGUGCUCAAAAUGAAAUGCUUGGGGAGUUUUCAGAGAUGGGAUGGUGCUGCCAAAGGUGAACAAAUAUUUUUUCCACAGCUUGAGAAACUAUCAGUUCAGCAAUGCCCAAUGUUGAUAGAUUUACCUGAGGUACCAAAAAUCAGUGUGUUAGAAAUUGAAGAUGGCAAGCAAGAGAUCUUCCAUUUUGUGGACAGAUAUUUGUCCUCGUUGACCAAUCUGAUACUGAAGCUAAAAAAUACAGAAACACCAUCAGAGGUUGAGUGCACUUCAAUUCUACCUGUGGACAGCAAAGAGAAAUGGAACCAGAAAUCCCCUCUUACAGUUCUGGAGUUAGGAUGCUGCAACUCAUUCUUUGGACCAGGUGCACUAGAGCCGUGGGGCUAUUUUGUACACCUUGAAAACUUGGAAAUUGAUAGAUGUGAUGUGCUCGUCCACUGGCCAGAGAAUGUGUUCCAAAGCAUGGUAUCCUUGAGGACAUUACUGAUUAGAAACUGCGAAAAUCUGACUGGAUAUGCACAAGCUCCUCUUGAGCCGUUGGCGUCUGAAAGGAGUCAGCACCCGAGAGGUCUGGAGUCUCUUUAUUUAGAAAACUGCCCAAGUUUAGUGGAGAUGUUCAACGUCCCGGCAUCUCUCAAGAAAAUGGAUAUUCGCAGGUGCAUUAAGCUUGAGUCCAUAUUCGGCAAGCAGCAGGGCAUGGCAGAGUUAGUCCAAGUAUCUUCUAGCAGUGAGGCAGACGUGCCUACAGCUGUAUCAGAGUUGCCAUCCUCACCCAUGAAUCACUUUUGUCCAUGCCUAGAAGAGCUACGUUUAGUCCAAUGUGGAAGCUUACCAGCGGUUCUAAAUCUGCCUGCAUCCUUAAAGACCUUAGAAAUUUAUGGCUGCAGUAGUAUUCAAGUCCUAUCAUGCCAGCUGGGUGGGCUCCAGAAACCAGAAGCCACUACCUCCAGAAGCAGAAGUCCUAUCAUGCCAGAGCCACCAGCAGCAACUGCAAGAGAGCAUUUACUUCCUCCCCAUCUCGAAUCUCUAACAAUAAGGGACUGUGCUGGCAUGUUGGGUGGGACUCUCCGUCUGCCUGCACCCAUCAAGACACUGCGCAUUUAUGCCAACAGUGGGCUGACAUCGCUGGAGUGUCUGUCGGGAGAGCACCCCCCAUCGCUGGAAUCCCUUUGGCUUGUAAGAUGCAGUACCCUGGCAUCCCUGCCGAAUGAGCCGCAAGUAUACAGGUCUCUCUACUUUGUUUGUAUUAGACGCUGCCCUACUAUAAAGAAGCUCCCUAGAUGCCUGCAGCAGCAACUGGGCAGCAUUGACAGAAAAUAUCUAGAUGCCUGCUAUAAAGUAACGGAAUUCAAACCAUUGAAACCGAAGACAUGGAAGGAAAUACCGAGGCUAGUCCGUGAGCGGAGGCAGGCCUGCCGGAGCUGAAGGUCAUUCAGCUUCUAUUCAAUGACAGGCCUGAUCCCUGAUUCUUGCACUGCUCUGCUAGGGGAAUGGCCUGUGAUUGCUUCUACAAGACAACUGUGCCGCAGUCGCUCUCCGUCGAGAACUGCUGGGGCCUGCGGUGUAGGGCGGCUGCUGCUGCUUGGCGUCGAGUCGAGCAUCUCUGAAUCAACAUCCUAGGCCAAGACCAUCUCAUCUUUGUUCUGGUUUGCUGUUGCCUGCUGGCCCUUGGGGCGUGUACAACAUUCCUGUCAUGUAGCCCAGUGUUGUUGUAUCUGAAUAGCUUCUUGCACCAUACAAUAUUUAAUUUGUACACCAAAAGACUGGGGAGGAUACAAGAUGUUUGUUUUACCCAAAUAUUUAUGCCUAACAACA